GAGAGAGAGAGAGAGAGAGAGAGCAUCAAGUCACCAGAACAGGAUCCACCAUCCACACACACUGUGAGGCACAAGUGCAAGUACGAGGAGACUAAAUACCCGCUGAAAUAAUGGACGGGACAAAGCCUGCCAUGGAGUCCAACGCGGAGGAGACUCAGGACGAGGGCCAGGAGAGCAAAGGAUGCUUCGAGUGCUGCAUCAAGUGUCUGGGCGGCGUGCCGUACGCCUCGCUGGUGGCCACCAUCCUCUGCUUCUCCGGCGUGGCGCUGUUCUGCGGGUGCGGCCACGUGGCGCUGACCGGGACCCUGACCAUGCUGGAGAACCACUUCUCCAGGGUCAGCAGUGACCACGAGAACCUGGCCAUGGUGAUCCAGAUCUUUCAGUACAUCAUCUACGGCAUCGCCUCCUUCUUCUUCGUCUACGCCAUCAUCCUGCUGGCCGAGGGCUUCUACACCACCAGCGCCAUCAAGAAGGAGCUGCAGAGCGACUUCAAGACCACCGUGUGCGGACGCUGCAUCACCGCCUUCUUCAUGUUCCUGACCUACAUCCUCUUCCUGGCCUUCCUCGCCAUCUUCGGCUUCACGGCCAUCCCAGUUUACCUCUUCUUCAACAUGUGGAACACCUGCGCCGCCAUGAAGUCUCCCGACGCCAACAUCACCUCCCCGGACUCCAUCUGUGUGGACGUGCGACAGUACGGUAUUAUUUCCUGGACCGCCAAUCCGGGGAAAGCGUGCGGAGCCACGCUGGGAGAGAUCUGCAACACCAGCGAGUUCUACCUGUCCUACCACCUCUACAUCGUGGCUCUGGCCGGCGCCGGCGCCACCGUCAUCGCGUUGAUCCACUACCUGAUGAUCCUGGCGGCGAACUGGGCCUACCUGAAGAGCGCCGUCUCCACGCACGAGUACCAAGACAUCAAGACCAAGGACGACCAGGACCUGGAGGCGGAGGCGCGGUCCAAGGAGGGCCAGAACUCCUCCUCCUACUCGUAAGGACGAGAGCUCGUCCUCCGCCAUUACCCAUCUCCUCGCGCCCCCCCCCAAACCACCCUCACACACACACACACACACACACAUACAGACGCCCCUCCCCCGCCUCCGGCCGCCUGACGCUCCGCCCUCUCCCGUCCCUCCGCCGUGUCCGUGAAGAGGGCGGUGGGCUCGCCGCCAGCGGAGGGCGGAGGGUACAGGAGCGGCGGCGGGCGCUUCGGUCCGGGCGAGCUCGCCCCGCCGGGGGGGGGCGGGGCUCCGGUAACCAGCUGGGAAGCGUUCCCCUCCCUCCCUCCCUGUCCCCCACCCCCCCCCCCACCCCCCACCCCCCGGCUGCGACGCUGUGGCGCCCUGAGCCCGUCGACACACAGCUCCUCACAGCCGAAAAAAUCUGAAAAGUUUAAAAAAAAACAUUGUUGGCGAGCCGCCGCGGCCACAGCGGCGCCGGGCGGCGACCAGCUCCCUCCUUUUGUUUGGUGUUUUAUAUGCAUAUAUAUAUGAAUAUGAAUAUAUUGUGCGAAUGUGUACGAAUGUUGUUGUUUUUUUUUUUGUUUUUUUUAAUACUCUGAAAAGUAUGCCUGGUAACUACUUUGAUCUUUCUUCUUCUUCUUUACAUUUGCUUUUUUUUUUUCCUCUCCUCCUUUACUUUUUUCUCCAUCUUUAACUUUUGAUUGCUAAUGCUCGAUACAUUGUUGCACUAUUUAACAAACAAACAAACAAAAAAAAAAAAAAAUAAGGGAGAACAGAAAUCCCGCAAAAACACAAAACCAAUCCAAGCCCCCUUCUCUUCCUCCUCCUCCUCCUCCCUCCGAACUGAACAAUCUGGAAUCACGGCGGCUUCGGGAGGAUUUCUCUGCUUUUAGAGCGUCUCGUUUUUCCACCUGGAGGUCCGAGCAGCUCCGAGCGACGCCGACGGAGUAGCUUGCCGAUUUGCCUCGACUGAAACAGAACCAGCGCCGACUGGAGCUCGACUGAUCGCACUGCUGAAGGCGGCGUUCACACUGAUCAGCUUUUUCCAAUCUUUAUUUUCCACGUGGUGCUUAAUUCUGAGGAUUUCCUGCUCAGUUUUGGGAUAUUUACAUUUCUUGAUGGGUUUCUUUCAGCGGCAUUUUCCCUUUUUCCUCUUGAGUAACCUCGAGGAAUUAGACGUUAGUAAUUUUACUGAUGAUCCAGAUAUAUUAUCGCGUUCAAACAUUCGCCUUUUUUACUGCGAUGUCGAUAUAUUUUGCAUCAGAUGCUAGAUUUUAGAUUUUACUUUAUGCAGAACUCAAGGCUAACUUAUUUCCUUUGCUUUUCCCUUUAUUUCAGAUAUUAGACUUUUAUUUUGUUAGCAUUCAUGGCCAGGUUUUAGAUAACAACGUUUAUUUUGUAGGAUCUUCUUUUUUUCUCUCUGAAUGUGAGCGCUUUAGGCCUGCUUUCAGCCUCCUCACACCUGCUCAGUGUGAACAGAGAGCUUCAGAAACACGGUGCGAUGGUGAGCCGGUUUCGCUCAUUUCUACAUUCCAGACUGUUUCCACGUCCAGGUAAAAAAAAAAAAAAAAAGCAAAGCUAUUCCCGGAGGGGUCUGUGAGAAAGAAGUCAGAGAAAUCUUCAAAACACACACACACACCUCAGGUAUCAAAGCUAAUCUGAUCUUCAGCAGUGUUCUCCAAAGCUUCUGGGUUCAGGACCAUACAGUCAGACCCCGCUCUUCCUCCUCCUCCCCCUCCCCCUCCUCCUCCUCACCUGUAAAUAGCCCAAAAAAGAUGGAGUUCCACCUCUCCUCCAAACAGGAGCAACACAAUCAGUGUUUCUUUUUGCCAUGAUCUUUUGCUUUUCCUCCACAGAUGUGUGUAAAUGUACCCUCUGAGGUCUGUGUUUAGCACUCAAAUAUAGUUCUGCAUUGGAUAUAAUCACUGUAACGUAACAUCUGGGCUGCUGUGUGGUGGGAGGGACGAUGUGACGUAUACAUUUGAAACUGUGGCUUAAAAAGAACGAAAAAAAACGUUAGUUUGUAAUUUUUUUUUAAAUCGGUUUUAGGCAGCUUGUGGUUGGGUAACGAUGAUUUUUUUCGAAUCAUGUUCGUGCUUAUUUUCUCCACGCUCAGCCGAAUGAGUGACCCGCGUGAGCUGAAGACGCCUUCUCUUGUUUUUUUUCCCCCCCCCACCCUCUGCCCUCCCUCCUCCUCCUCAUGCCUCUCAGACUGUUUCUGGAUGUUUACACUCUGAAAUCAAACAAGUCAGGAAUUUUCAUACGUCCAUUUUAUAACCCAGAUAUCGUUUUAGCGGUCGCGACCGGGAUUUCUUCACUGGUUAAUUCACCCUCAAGAAAACACUGAAGAAAGACGACAUUUUCCACCUGGGAUGAGAUGAAGCAUGUCAGUAUCGUCCAUGUGUGCAGCUGUCUAUUCUGUA